AUGGUAACCUUUCAUCCUUGGAGGUGGAUGCGGACGACCUGUUGCCUUACCAGGAGGAUGUGCACGAUAUUCAGGAGUCCGACAUCACCAGCGCCAAAGAGCCACAGGACAAUUUUCGUAAGCAGACGGGCGAUACGGUCCAGAGUCUUUCUCGGCGGGAUGGGCAAAAGGGUUGACGAGGCUCAGCUACAGCAUCGUCCACUGGCCAAGGCAGUGCGUCGGCGGCUCCGCGGCAAGCAGGUCCAGCGGCAGCGGCUUCUGGGGCAACACCUCUGCCGGGAUCGCCGCGGCCUUCGACGGGCCCUGACGCGCGUGGGCGGGCGUGGCGGGCCCUGCGCUCUGCGCGAGCGCGCCCUCCUGCAGGCGAUGGAGCCGCCGUUCCCUCCUGGCGCUGCAGGGGUCGACAUCUCCUUAAGUUUGGCCGAUUCCCAGUCGCGGCUGCCCCACACGUAUUCGAGCCACCUGGAGGAAGUUCUGGCUGUUCAAACAGGAACUUCUUUGCCAGUCAUAUCCAUUACGCGGCAUAUUUCGACUUGA